GGUCGCUACAUUUAACACAGCGGAUCGAUAUGUAGUGGCUUUUGCUUCUACCGCCACAUCUAUCAAGAAUUCCGAGUUUCCUGCAGUUGUGUUCAUUCAAGCCUUACGCGGGGAUCAAUACUCGAACUCUUUACACCUCUGGGAAACAGACAAUUCGCGAUCUUUCGAUGGAGUGGACAGUCAUCGGGUUAUUUUCGAUAAAAUAAGUGUUUAAAGUCACGAAAAAUCGUGUAAAUCAGUUCAAGCAUCGCUGAAACCCGAAUUGGCGAUUGUGCAUUGUGCAUGGCAUUCAGUUGGAAUUUUCUUCAGGAAUAUGUCGUGGUUUCCAUCCCCAUUUACGCUUUUAUGUUUACGUUUUAUUUCAACGACAUAAAAUUCAUCAUUCACGCUUCCUACAAGCUAACGAAAAUUCUGAUCAAGGACUGGUUGUUUGAUAUCAUCUAAAACCGCGAGUUUUUUUAUGCCAAUAUACGGUGCGAGUCAAAAUGAAGUUGAUGCCGGUUAUAUACCAUGGAUUUACGUCGAUGGACAGGCGGUUUUCCAGUGCUAUGAUGCCAUGGAUAGUGUCGGAAAUCAGGAGAAGGGAUUAUAAUGAAAAGUUGAGUUUGGGUGUGGAAAAUGGCAUCCUCCAGUCCUACAACAUGGAUUUCGAACUGCAGUUCUCCCACAGAGUCAACCAGAUUUCCAGAUUUUCACAGGCAGAUCUGGAUGCUUGCACCUUCCUAUAUCUUCUCAGAGAUGAUUCAGAUAAUUUAUUGUACUGCUAUCUAUUUCAAGCACAAAAAGUGAAAGAUGUGACAGAUCUGUAUAAACAAAUGAAGGAGCAGAGCCACGUAACGCCUACUAGGUCUCUGAGCAGUGCUGCUACUUUGACAUCUUUGUGCGUGGACAUAUCACCGAGCUCUAGUAACUUUUUUGAGGUUUUAUACAUAGGUAAAAUAAAAGUAUGGCAGAAGAAAGUUCCGGACACAUUCAUAGAUGACGCCUUAGAAAAAUUCAGAGUUCACGAGCUCGAAAAAAACAAAUUAAAACAUAUUUCAGCUAUUGGCAGACUGCAAAGCGAAGAUAACAUUUUAAGGAAAGGUUCAAUCGAUGUUCCCGAAAGUAGUUCAAACAAUUCUCCAGUUUCCAGCCCAACGCAUCAACUUCAACGAUCCUUGUCACAUCACUCGAACAUGCUACAGAAAACUGCACUUGGGAAGGUGGAAAUUAGUGAGGUGGACAGCAGCAAAUUAAAAGUAUUAGAAAAAAUUUCUGACGAAAACGCUAACGUGGAUGAAGAGGAAACUAGUUCUGAGGCUUCAACGUCACAACAGGAUAAAGCAGAUGAGCAGAGAGAAUCAUCUCCGCAAAAUAGUGAUGCUAAUCAGACCGUGGAUAUCAAUGAUUAUAAUAGAACUAUGGUACUGCAAGUUGACAGAACUGAUUUGAGGCUUAUCAGUCCAGAUAGGAAAGUUAUUUUGCUUCAUAAACAUCACAGGGAUAUCACUACGUGCGUUCAGGGUUUGAUCAGGUCAGAGCACUUUGGAUUCAUAUGCAGGGAAAUGUCUCCAGCUAUGCAAACAUUUACUGGAUAUAUUUUUAAAUGUGAAUCGGCUUCAAUUGCAACAGAUGCAGUAGCAGCUAUUACACAAGCUUUCUUAAAUUCCGAACAAAAACCUCGACCACCCAUCACGUCGUGCGACCACUGUCCGAUGGUUUGGUUUCACAAACUUUGCACCGAGAUAGAGCACAUGUCUGACAAGAAAACACAAGCUGCCAUAUUAAGAAGACUGGAACAGUUGGAAUCGGAUGAACAGAUGACUAUUUUAGCCAAGUUUAGAGGAGCUGAGACUGAUUCUUUGAGGGAACAGAACGAAUUUUUGAUGAUGCUUCUGAGGGCUCAUUGCGAAAUGAAGCAAGGGAGACAUAUACAUGACACUGCUGAAAAUAGAUCAGAAUUUCUUAAUCAAUAUUUGGGAAUUGGCGGAACCAGUGUUUUCACGAAAGCCAAAAAAUCCCUCACCAAUUCAUUCGACCAGUUUUUGAAAAGAAAAGCUUCCAGUAACGAUUUUGGGCCGAAUAUGAAAAAUAUGAGCCUGCCAAUCACGAACAAUUUAAAUAAGGAAUCUUCCUCUAUUGCUUCUGCAGCUGCACCAAUCAGCGAAUCUUCUGCUUCCGAUAAAGAUUCUGAAAGUUUUCGUUCAAGAUCAUCAACUAUAGAGUCCCAGUCAGAAGGUAAAGACCAGUAUUUACACGUCAAAAAUACCAAACAAAGCUCAGUUUCACCAGAUAGGAGUUUGGCUGGAUCAGAUAAAACCCUAAAAUCUCCUAUGCUAGAUAUAUUUCUUAAAGUUGGAAAUAGUCCCAAAAUAACGAACCCAGAAGACGAUUCUGGUAGUAAAACUGACGGUGGAUCAUGGAGACAAGCCAUCUUCAAGAGAGUGAUAACGGUGAAAAAUGAACAAACCGAAGUACAACCGACAAAAAAGAAAACCAAAGAGGAAUUGAGAGAAUUAUGGAAGAAGGCGAUCAAACAAGCGAUUUUGUUAGUAAGAAUGGAAAAAGAAAAUGAUAGAAUAAAAGCUAAACAAGAAGAGUCAGCAGUUAAAAGGAUUAAACUAGAGUAUGAUGAAAUGAAACCUACUCAAAGGGAAGUCAUGGAAGUGUGGGACAUGAUAACCAAUAAAGAAGCUCAUAUGAAGUGCGACAAACCUAUGCUUCUGCAAGCUAUAAGACAAGGCGUUCCUAGAGGAAAACGUGGAGAAGUGUGGCAAUUCCUUGCCGAACAACACUGUCUCAAAUCGGCACCUCCGGAUCCUCAAAAGUAUCCAAACUACAACGUCCCCUACGAUCAACUGUUGAAACAACUCACUUCGCAUCAACACGCCAUUCUUAUUGAUUUGGGAAGGACUUUUCCUAACCAUUCCUACUUUAGUAGUCCACUAGGUCCUGGUCAGUUAGCUCUAUUCAAUCUACUGAAGGCUUACUCUUUGUUAGAUCCAGAAGUUGGAUAUUGUCAAGGACUGAGCUUUGUAGCAGGAGUGCUUCUGCUUCAUAUGGAGGAGUCUCAAGCCUUUACCUUGUUACGUCACUUAAUGUUCAGACGUGCAUUAAGAGUUCAGUAUCUUCCAGACAUGAUGGGACUUCAAAUAAAGCUCUAUCAGCUUUCUAGAUUGCUCCAUGAUCAAAUUCCAGACCUCUAUAACCAUUUUGAUCUGUACGAAGUAGCUCCAACCUUGUAUGCAGCACCAUGGGUUUUAACUAUGUUUGCUUCACAGUUUCCUUUAGGGUUUGUUACUAGGGUUUUUGAUCUAGUGUUUUUGGAGGGCCCCAAUGUCAUAUUCAGAGUCGCUUUGUCUUUGCUUGGUUUUCACAAAGACAAGAUCUUGCUUUGUGACAGUUUUGAGGAAAUUAUGAACUAUAUCAAGGGACCUUUAGCUUCAAUAGACAAACCUACAUUAGACAAAGUCAUGAAGCAGGUAUAUACUACGGAUAUUAGUAGACAGCUUGAAGAAUACAAAGUAGAAUAUUUCGUCCUUCAAGAAGAAAUGUCUUCGGUUCAACCGCAAGUAGAAGCUUUGCAUAAGCUCGAAGCUGAAAAUAAAAUCUUAGCAGAACAAAAUAAGACUUUAAUGGCACAAUUGGAAUUGGCUUUAUCGAACGUACAAAGACUGGAAAAAACUAGAGUGCUGCAACAGGCUCAACUGAAUCGAAUUGAGAUGCAGAGUAGAGGUCUGGAUGUUACUGUAGCCACUCUGGCUAAUUUUAUAAGUAAUUUGAUUGAAGACAAGGUUAAUGUGGAAAUACCAGAUGAAGUGAGGAGAAUUAUGUCACAAAUAUCGUUAUCUGAGAAGAUUAGAAACGAAGGUGCUGGCCAAACUAAUCUGAUUAAGAUGUUGCAAGAAAAGGAGAAUAGAAUGAUGCCUCCAGAACGUUUGAUGGUCAAAUCUUUGAGCACAGGAAAGAUAGCUUUACCCACAAAUCUGGACCAAGUGCCUCGAUCCAACAGUUUGAAUACAAACGCACAGAACAUCUUAACACCCCAAUUGAAGAAACAAACUCAGACAUCCCCUAGUGGAUCCAUGGAGAGGAAAUCCAGCUUCUUUUCUAGUUCUCACAGUAAUAUUUUGGAACAACAAAAGAUAAAUCACAGUCAAACUAGUCUAACUAACAACAGGAUAGAUAUCAAGAUUCAGGAAUUUGAAAAUGGUAGAAGAGAUUCUGAAACCCAACCUGUAGAAAUACUAGAUAAUAAAGAGAAGGUUUCACCUACUCAUUCAAUAGACAGUGGUGUGGGCACACCAUCGAGUCCCAAGAUGCCACAAAUUCACCCUCUGUGUAGUCCAGACGUUAAUUUUACGUUUAGCGGGACAAAGGAGCUGAAAAGCCUGAAAAGUUUGAAGCAUUAUCAGAGAAAUUCCAGCCCUGAUAUUAUAAGAAACAGUCAAGCGUAAUUACUUGAGUUUACUGUAGUUUUAUUUCUGAAGGAAUCAACUGGGAAGAUUAGAAAUAUAUAGAACAUAUCAGAUAAACUUUUAGUCACGUGAUGAUUGGUUUGGUUUAAUCAAAAUAUUUUAGGAAACAAAAUUGAAUUAAUUAUAAAUAUAUAAACAGUUAUUAUUUACAUCAACAAAACUUACCUCCUUAAUAGUACCUAAAAGGUCAUUACUACCGCUUUCCCGAUCAAAAUAUUCUAAUAAGUUUGCGAUAAGUUUUUUGCAACGGCUGUUGCAAACAUGCUUCGACAUCUUGAGCACUUCGCACUACAAGUGGUUCGAUUCGGUUGUGAUAAAGUGUGUAUAAAGAACAAUUUUCAAUUGCAAGGUCUUUGUAUUAAACAAAAUUAAGCAAGUAUUACAAUACAUUUCACUUUAAUCAAAAACUCGUAAUACAAAACGAUUCACAAUGCCAGGAAAUAAAUAAAGAAAUGUGGCAACUUGAUAUUUUUAUAGCAGAGCUACCACCUGAAUUGCCAGAGGAAAAUUUAAAUUCUAGUUAGUUAGCCCGGCACCGAAUAUGUCCAUGGUUGGCAACAAUGAAUUCAAUAAUCGCACCCUCGAUGGCGUAACUAAAAGUUUAUUUGGUAUCGAUUGUACCUAUGAAUUAAAUAACUCAUAAUAAUUAUUUUUGUUAAUAUGGCCUAAAACACAUUUUACAAAAACAUUAAAGUACCGUAUGAUCCAAAAAAAAAAACGGCGUCAAAGACGGCUGGGAAUGACAAUCGAUGAUAAUUUUGGCGCGAGGUCAAUUUCUAGACGUCGUUUAUUAAAAAUUGAGAUAAAAGUUGUCAAAAAGUAACUCUUUUAUAGAGAGAUCAAAAAGGGAUAGAACUCUCCAGACAUACAAAUUUAUUAAAAAAAAAUAUUUAUUCUUGAAUUUUUAACUAUUUAUAAAUAAUUUAAAAAUAAUUUUUUACUCAAUAUAAACAAAAAUUAAUUGGCGUCUAGGGUUUGACUUCGCCAAAAUUAUCAUCAAUUUUCAUUUCCCACUCGUUAUUUCGAUCGUAUGGUACUUACAGUGAUAUAGAAUUAGAUUAUUUAAAAGUACAUCUUUAAAAAAUAUUCAUUACAUUAAUUUGCAUAUUAAAUUAUUAUAAUUAUAUAAUUUAAAAUAUAAAUUAUGAAGGGUCAUAAUUUAUAUUUUAAAUUCAUUUUCUUCCAGACUCAAAUAAUAUUUCCAGUAGAUUUUCUUCCAAUUCUAGGGUUAUUUUAGGAUCAUUUUGUGUGAUAUUAGACGUAUAUUUUGUUUAAAAUAUUUUCUUAACUAUUAGUACCGUAUGAUCGAAUAAAAACGGCGUCAGCGAUGGCUAUGAAAUGAAGAUCGCUGUCAUUUUUUAUGUAAAAUUAUAUGGGAAAUGUCAUUGAUCGUCAUUUCCAAGCCAAUUGGACGCCGUUUUUUUCGAUCAUACGGUACUAUAUAUGGAGUGGAUUCUUAAAAUUUCUUUCUUAGUUUAUUUGUUUAUACCAAUGUUUUCCAGCCCUUAUUGCUUUGUUAUAAAAUAGUCAUUUACGAAAUAAAUUUGUUGAGU